AUGGAAUCAAUCUUUACUCUCUUACAUAUAGUAAUAGCCAUCAUGAAUUCUUCCAGGGCCCAAGAGACUACCUGUAGCCUGAGUGGAGAACCUGCAUACCCACAACUAUGGAAAGAUGGUAAUAUCAUCAUCGGAGGUAUUUUCCCUUUCCAUAAAAAAUGGGAGAUCACUGACUCUUCCUAUUCGGCCAUACCUGCUAUAAAUUGCAUGAGUGUGGAUGUCAGAGCCUUCCAGUAUUCACAGACCCUGAUCUUUGCAAUAGAGGAGAUCAACAACAGUUCUUCUUUACUGCCUGGAGUCUCCCUGGGCUUUAAAAUAUUUGACACCUGUAAUUCUGCAGCACUGGGGGUGAAAGGAGCAAUGACACUUCUGAAUGGAAAUGAGAACUCAGUCUCAGAUGACAUCUGCACAAAGCCAGCCCAGGUGCAAGCCAUAAUAGGAGAGACAUACUCAUCAGUGUCCAUGGCUAUAGCAAAAACUAUUGGACCUUUCAGUGUGCCCUUAAUCAGUUACUAUUCUACCUGCGAAUGUCUCAGUGAUAAAAGGAAAUAUCCCUCAUUUCUGCGCACUAUUCCCAGUGAUUAUUACCAGACCUUAGCACUUGCAGAGAUGGUCAAGCACUUUGGCUGGACCUGGGUGGGAGCAAUAAGAAGAGAUGAUGACUAUGGUAAUAAUGGGAUGUCCGCAUUUACUAAAAUUGCUGAGCAACUUGGCAUAUGCUUAGAAUAUUCCCUUCCAUUUUUUAGAACCUACUCACAAGAAAAAGUGUUGAGAAUCGUUGAGCAAAUUAAAAGCUCCACUUCUCGAGUGAUAGUGGGAUUUGUCACUCCCUGGGACCUGGAGAUUUUACUUCAAGUAUUCACUGAACACAACAUCACUGGAUACCAGUGGGUGGGAAGUGAGGCAUGGAUUGCUGAUCUAAUAGCAGCUACUUUGGAUAAGUCCAAUAUUCUGCAAGGAGCCAUAGGGCUAGCUAUUCCAAAAACAACAGUAACAGGUUUGAAGGACUUCAUCCUAGAUAUAAAACCAUUGAAAGCUGUAGGCAAUGCCAUUUUUACAGAAUUCUGGGAGGCUCUGUUUACUUGUACAUACGCAGUGCAGAAUAAUUCAGAGACCAUACCAGUCUGCACAGGAGAAGAGAAACUGUCUGAGGUGGAAAACAACUUAAUUGACAUGUCUUUGAUGCCUAUUUUCAGUAAUGUGUAUAAAGGAGUAUAUGCCAUUGCACAUACACUACAUGAACUUCUUGGCUGCAAAGAAACAUGUCCUAUAAAAAAGCAGCUUGAUCCUUUCACAUUUCUAGAACACCUCAAAAGGGUACGUUUCAAGACAAAGGAAGGGGAAGAGGUUUAUUUUGAUAAAAAUGGUGAUCCCCUGGCAAGAUAUGAAAUAAUAAAUUGGCAAAAAACUAAAGAAAACCAAUAUGAGUUUGUCACAGUUGGACUUUAUGACUCCUCUCUUCCUGCUCGUGAUCGAUUAGCAGUAAAUAUGGCCUCGAUUGUCUGGGCACAGAAUAUAAAUCAAGUGCCAAAAUCUGUAUGCAGCGAGAGGUGCCCUCCUGGCACAAGAAAGGCUGUGCAGAAAGGAAAGCCUAUCUGCUGUUUUGACUGCAUACCAUGUGCUGAUGGAGAGAUCAGUAAUAUCACAGAUUCUAUUAAAUGUGAACAAUGCCAGCAAGAUUACUGGUCAAAUCCAAACAAAGAUAAAUGUGUAAAGAAGGAAAUUGAAUAUUUGUCCUAUGAAGAAACUAUGGGAAUUUUGUUAACAGCAGUGUCCAUUAUUGGUGCGUUUAUGACAAUAGUAAUAGCAAUCGUAUUCUACAGAUAUAAAAAUACCCCAAUAGUCAAAGCAAACAACUCUGAACUCAGCUUCCUGUUGCUCUUCUCUCUAACACUGUGUUUCCUUUGUUCACUUACUUUCAUUGGCCGGCCCUCUGAGUGGUCCUGUAUGCUGCGCCACACAGUGUUUGGGAUCACAUUUGUCCUCUGCAUCUCCUGUGUUCUGGGAAAAACCAUAGUGGUGUUAAUGGCCUUCAGGGCUACACUUCCAGGCAGUAAUGUCAUGAAAUGGUUUGGGCCUCCACAACAGAGACUCAGUGUUCUUGUCUCCACUCUCAUACAGGUUCUCAUUUGUGUGCUUUGGUUGACAAAAGCCCCCCCUUUCCCUUUCAAAAAUCUAAUGCACUAUAAGGAAAAGAUCAUUCUUGAAUGCAAUUUGGGCUCGAACAUAGGUUUCUGGGCUGUGCUGGGUUACAUAGGAUUUUUAGCACUUUUGUGUUUCAUUUUAGCUUUUCUGGCUAGGAAGCUUCCGGAUAAUUUUAAUGAAGCCAAAUUCAUCACAUUCAGCAUGUUAAUGUUCUGUGCGGUUUGGAUAACUUUUAUUCCGGCUUAUGUCAGCUCUCCUGGAAAAUUCACUGUAGCCGUAGAGAUAUUUGCUAUUUUAGCAUCAAGCUUUGGUUUACUAUUCUGUAUCUUUCUUCCAAAGUGUUACAUAAUCAUCCUUAGGCCAGAGACAAACACUAAAAAGCAAAUUAUGGGAAAAGUGCCUGUUCAAUAA